UCUGGUACUCGAGAUGGGGCUUCCUCCCCAAGGCGUUUAAUUUGGAAAAGAAAAAUAUUAGUUCGGUUUGAUUUUGAAAAUACAUUGUAACUAACUGCCUCUUCGUGACGGUGAAAAGAUUGCAAAAGUGAAAAGAAAAAAGUUAAAAUGUAUUUUUAAAAGUAAACUGUGUUAACACAUAAAUAACUUUAAACAGAAAGAUAUAAACUUAAAAUGAAUAGAACAAUAUUAAUAGUUCUAUGUGCUGUAUUGGCAAUAAGUGUUCUUAUUACAUUUGCUGAUGGUGCUAGUGAUGGAACAAAACCUAAAAAACAUAGAAAUAAGUUACGUAGUUUAAAAAAAUCAAAAACUUCGAACAAAGAUUUUCUAAAUAAACCACAAGCGGAGGAGGCUAAACCACAAGCAGAUCUUCCAAAAAUUGACGAAUUCGACGGACUUUUUGGUGUAGAUGACGAAUAUAAUUAUGACGAAGAUGAUUUGAACGGAUCUGAUGAAGGAGCGGGAGCAACAGUCAGUCCGGGGACGACACAAAAGCCAAUCGCUGAAAACGUUAUAGGAGCCUUUUCAUGCUAUCAUGAAGGAAACUGGUAUCGAGAGAACGAUCAGUUCCGAACCGGCUUGAAUGGAUGUGCAGUGUGUAGAUGUCUUCAAGGAUCUGUUAUUUGCGAUGAACAAGCUUGCAGACAGGCCCCAGAUGUUGAAGUUAACGUAAAUGGGGAAGGAGGCUCAACAACACCGAUUUCAUUUCUACCAAUACCACCAAAUUCAACUACAACAACGACUACAACAACAACUCAGAGACCACCAACUACUACUUAUCGAACCGGCUAUGGAGGAUAUGAAGUAUCUUCUGGAACGGGUGUAAGAGGGGAUCCUGGUUAUCCUGGUGCUAGAGGAAAUACAGGUGAAGCUGGAAUGCAGGGAGUGCCAGGCACACCAGGGAUUCCAGGAAAUCCUGGACCUCCGGGACCUGCACCUGAUCUAACAUAUUAUACUCAGCAGUUGGCUGAUGCAUUGUCAAGCAGUGAUAAGGGACCAAGUGGUGCAGCGUUUCUUCCAGAUCAAUUUCAGUAUCUUCAAUCUUCAGUUGGGUCCGUGGGUCCUAGAGGACCACCAGGAUUGGUGGGUCCUUUGGGUCCACAGGGAUUUCAAGGUGUCAGAGGGGAUCCGGGAGAGCCGGGAAUUCAAGGAGUGGCUGGUCAAAUUGGCCCAAGAGGACUUCCUGGAACACCAGGCAAGGAUGGAUCUCCAGGUGAAGACGGAGAACCUGGUGCAUUGGGGCCAGCUGGUACACCAGGACCACGUGGUCUUCCAGGUAUGCCUGGAAUUCCAGGUAUAAAGGGUCAUCGAGGCUUUCCGGGAUUAGAUGGUUCAAAGGGUGAGCAAGGUGCUUUAGGAGAGAAAGGAAGUACUGGACAAAUGGGAGCUGUAGGUCCUGUGGGGCCAAUUGGUCCUGCUGGUCCACGUGGAGAACGAGGUCGUGAAGGUCCACCUGGCCCACCAGGAGCAAGAGGUCUAGAUGGCAUACCUGGAGCAGCUGGUCUCCCAGGAGCAAUGGGGAAACCUGGACCACCAGGAUUCCCAGGAAGCCCUGGUGCCAAAGGAGAUAUGGGCCAUGAAGGUCCAAAAGGAUCUCAAGGUCUUCAAGGUCCUCGUGGAGAAGCUGGACGUCCUGGAAACGCUGGAGAGCCUGGUGUGCAAGGACCGUCAGGAAAAGAUGGACUUAACGGAGAAAAAGGUGCUUCUGGAUCACCCGGAGUUGCUGGUCCUCAAGGUUUUCCGGGAACAAGAGGACCACAAGGUUUAUCUGGAAAUCCUGGUGAGCCAGGCAUGAAAGGUGCACCGGGAAUUCCUGGUGAACGUGGCUAUAAAGGAGACACCGGAAAUAAGGGAGAUCUUGGUCAAGCAGGACCACGUGGUCUACCUGGAACUGAUGGACCAGAGGGUAAACGAGGAAAGCGGGGAAUGCGUGGACCUGCUGGUCCACCAGGGCCAACUGGAGAAAGAGGACCUGUGGGAACACCUGGAUUACCUGGGCCAGACGGACCUAUUGGACCCAAAGGACAAUCUGGAGAACGAGGCAUACAAGGACCGAUAGGUAUUAAGGGAAGCUCUGGUGAUGUUGGUCAGCCUGGACUGCCAGGUGUACAAGGUCUACGAGGAUUACCUGGAAGGGUGGGACCAGAAGGCAGACCUGGACCAACCGGAGAACGAGGUAUCCCUGGGGCAGAUGGAAAACCUGGAGAACAAGGAUCUCAAGGUCUUCAAGGGCUACCCGGUCCAAUGGGUAUUCCUGGAGAUAAAGGUUUUCCUGGAGAGCGUGGUAAGGACGGUGAGCCAGGUCCAGUGGGUCUUACGGGACCAAAGGGAGAUAUUGGUAAAGAUGGUAUUCCUGGGGCUCAAGGUCCACCUGGACCUCAAGGACAAGACGGUUUGCGUGGCGAGGCUGGUGCACCUGGGCCAAGAGGUUUCCAGGGACUUCCUGGAGUACCCGGAAGCCCAGGCACAGCUGGAAAAGAUGGUCAGACAGGUCAACCCGGUCAACAAGGAGCAGUUGGGCCAGCUGGAUUGAGAGGUGAAAGAGGAUAUCCAGGAGAAAGGGGACCCGUUGGCCAGCCAGGAACUCCAGGAGAACGUGGUGAGCAGGGAGCAAUGGGUAACGAUGGCCAACCUGGUCUCCCUGGGCCUGUUGGCAUGAAAGGACAUCAAGGUGCUCCGGGAAUGAUAGGUCUACCAGGUCUUCGUGGUCAAUCAGGACCAAGUGGUGAAAAGGGAGAACGAGGAAGUGUAGGUCCUGCUGGACCAGAGGGUCCAGCUGGGCGUGUUGGUGACAGGGGACCACAAGGAAUUGUCGGACCACCAGGUGCACCUGGUGAAGCAGGUGAAAGAGGUCAGCCAGGACAAGCAGGAUCCCCCGGAGAACAAGGAGCUGCUGGAUCACCUGGAGAACGGGGACAAAUGGGACAACAAGGUCUUCCAGGUUUUCCUGGUUCGCCAGGUAUGGCUGGACUUCCUGGAGCAAAGGGUGAUCGAGGAAUAAUGGGUAUUAAGGGUGAGCAAGGAAACGUAGGACCACAAGGAUCUGCUGGAGAACCAGGUCUACCAGGAAGAGAUGGUUUGACUGGAGGAAAAGGUGCUCGAGGUGAACCAGGGCUGCGUGGUGAAAUAGGAAUGAUUGGACCACCAGGCCGUCCAGGAGAUCCUGGAAUAGCGGGUCAACCGGGAAGUCAAGGUUUACCAGGAGCUCCAGGUUUUCCAGGAAUGAAAGGAAGUCCUGGUGAAAAUGGUAGAACCGGUGCACCUGGCUUGCAAGGACUGCAAGGAAUGCAAGGGCCUGAGGGUUCAAAGGGUGAAGCAGGUAGUGAAGGUCCAACAGGGCCACCUGGAAAUCCAGGACCCCCUGGUAACCAUGGUGAUCGAGGUAUUCCCGGACUACCAGGUCCACAAGGUAGCACUGGUGCCCAAGGAAAACGUGGACCACAAGGAGAGAGAGGAGAAACAGGAAAACCUGGUAAAGAAGGUGAAAUAGGACCGCAAGGACAAAUAGGACCCCAAGGACCACCUGGCCCAUCGGGAGAAUCUGGACCAGAGGGUCCACCAGGAAAACAAGGACCACCCGGUAUAGCUGGCCGAACAGGUGAUAAGGGUCCACAGGGUUUGACUGGUAGUCAAGGUAGCCCUGGUAACCCUGGUUUGCCUGGACCACCCGGUCAAAUUGGACAAAUAGGACCAAAUGGAGAAAGGGGACUUAAGGGUGAUACGGGAUCACAAGGUCCUGAGGGACAAAUUGGACCAAGAGGCAAAGCUGGCCCACCUGGUGCUGAAGGAAUGAAAGGAGAAAUGGGAGACUUUGGUCCAAAAGGUAUAAAAGGUCAUCGAGGAUUCCCUGGAUUGCAAGGACAAAUCGGUAGUCCCGGUUUGAAAGGAGACACUGGUAAUCCUGGUAUAGAAGGGCUACCAGGCAAACCUGGAGAGCCUGGUCCAAGAGGAUCUCCUGGAAGAGAUGGAAGCCCUGGUAUUCAAGGAUCAUCCGGUCCAGCUGGUAACAGAGGCUUCCCUGGAAACGAUGGCAAACCUGGUCCAGUUGGGCCAGCAGGUCCACCAGGUCCUCCUGGACCACCAGGUGAAUCAUUAGGAUAUGACGCUGCAGCUUUAGCUGCUCUUCUUCAACAAGGAACAACAAAAGGUCCCGAUUCCAUGGGAGACCAACCAUUCAACAUUCUUUCUGAAGGCAUUUCAGAUGAAGAACGUCAAGCCAUAAUAUUAAAAGCCUACGAACACGUUAAAGCAUCUUUUGAACGAAUCGUCAAACCAACUGGACAAAAAACAGCUCCUGCCAAGAGCUGCAGAGACUUAUUCGCAGCAUACCCAAGCUACACUUCUGGAAACUAUUGGAUUGACCCCAACGACGGUGACGCUCGUGAUGCCAUAUUGGUGUACUGCGAUGCCGAGAGGCGUGCUACCUGCAUCCUGCCACAACCAAAGGAAACAUCUACCAUCUCAUACACCGGUGGAGAUCGUGAGGUUUGGCUUGGUGAAGUUGAUGGUGGACUUAAAAUUUCCUACAAAGUAGAUUCAAACCAACUGGGCUUUAUUCAACUCCUGUCUGCUCAUGCCACUCAGAGUAUUACGUUCCAUUGUAAAAAGACGGUAGCCUUCUUCCACGAAGAGAAGAAUACAUUUAGGAAUGGAUUAAAACUGCUGUCCUGGAAUGACGCCGAACUAUCGCCAAAGGGACCCCAGAGAAUGCGUUAUGAAGCUGAAAUCGAUGAUUGCAAGCACCGAUCUGAUAAAUGGGCCAAAUCCAUUAUCACAUACACAACUGACAAAUCUCAAAGGUUGCCAAUUGUCGACAUUGCAGUACGUGAUGUCGGUGAAGCGGAUCAACAAUUCAAAGUUGAAAUUGGUCCAGCUUGCUUCUAUUAGUUUAUUUUUUCUUAAAUAUAUUAUAUGUAAUAAAUCUUAAAAACUAAACAAUUCGUACUUAUAUUAAGUUAUAUAUAUAAUUAUUGAUUACUUAAAAUAACAUUAAAUAUUACAACUAAAAGACUCUCCUAAUUUAAAGUACCAUAUUAAUAAAAUAAUACACUUUUAUAUUAAGUUAUAAUUUAAGGUAAAGUACACUUAAUUAGAUAUAAAUGAACUAUAAUUACCGUUGUUUAAAUAAGGUAAUAUUGAAGGUAUAUAAGUAAUAGUUGAAUACAAAAAUUAUAAAUACUUAUGUCAAGUUUAAAAUAAGAAUAUACUUUUUUUUGCUAAAUAUAUUUAGUUAAACUUAAAGAACUUGAAGAUGCAACGAAGGAUUUUGGGCUAAAAAGCGGCAAUAAACUAAAGCCAUUUAGAAAUCAUUGUAAAUGAUCUUUCAAUAAGAAGUUUCAUUUUGAACAA